AUGGACACCAACAGCGCAAGCGUCGCGGACGCCCGAGUCGACGAGCUCUGGGCGACGCUCGACACGCGCAAACAGGGCCAUUUGGAUUUGCCCGCGCUCAAGAAGGGGCUCCUAGACGAUGUGAUGAAAGCUGUCGACACCGACGGGAGUGGGCAAAUUUCAUACCAGGGUGAGCUUUACUCACAACUUCUGCGAAAUAACCCCUUACUGAUGCCCGUGGGACCAGAAUUCCGAACAUUCGUACACGAAACCGAAAGGGAACUCCUAUCUCUGUUCAAGAGCAUCGACUACAACAACGACGGCAAGAUAUCGAAACCUGAGCUCCGCGCAGCUCUGAGUCGCGCAGGGCUGGCGGUACCCAACAGCAACCUGGACACCUUCUUCACCGAGGUAGACACCAACAACGACGGCAGCAUCAGCUAUUUCGUGGCGGGAGGUAUUGCAGGAAUUGUUUCUCGCACCUCGACUGCGCCCCUCGACCGAUUGAAAGUAUACCUCAUCGCCCAGACCGGCGCUGCUACUGAACAAGCCGUUGUCGCCGCAAAGUCUGGAAACGUCAUCAGUGCCGUGCGCAAUGCAUGGACACCGCUCGCUACUGCCAUGAAGGAAUUAUGGCAGGCGGGCGGCAUGCGCAGUCUCUACGCCGGUAAUGGUCUGAACGUGAUCAAAGUUAUGCCGGAGUCUGCCAUCAAAUUCGGCUCAUAUGAGGCAAGUGUCGCCAUAUUCAAUCGUAUGCAAUGCGAGACUGUUUCUGGCGGGUUACACGGCAACCGACUGAUCAUCGCUACGGCAAAAAAGAUGUGGGCACACAAUGGCGUUGCAGCUUACUACCGAGGAUUGCCCAUGGGAAUAGUUGGAAUCUUUCCUUAUGCCGCACUUGACCUGGGUACCUUCGAAUACCUCAAGCGAGCGGUUGCACGACGCAAUGCGAAGAGACUCGGGUGCCACGAGCAAGAUGCUGAGCCGGGAGGAUUCAUGACAGCGGCCAUCGGUGGCUUCUCAGGAGCUUUUGGAGCCAUGUUGCAUCCUCGGACGUACACUGGAAUUGUCGACGUCACAAGACAGACCAUCGCGGGCGAAGGAUGGCGUGGUCUCUUCAAGGGGUUGACUCCAAACCUGCUCAAGGUGGUACCUGCCGUAUCGAUCACCUACGUCGUCUACGACAAGUCGAAGAAGAUCAUCGGUCUGCGCUGAGUCGAGAUUGACACUCACUCCAAUUGCACACUAUUCAGAACAA